UCUUCAAAGAUGUCAGCAUUCUUGGGCAGCCGGUCUAUUGCUCUUCGAAACACACAAGCACAGAAGUAAUAGAGCAAGAAAUAAGGCUUCUGUUGUUGAAAGAGAGAAUAACUCAAGGACCAGGUAUAACAAACGCAAAACAUGCAUUCAAUGAAACUUUGAAAUGCCUAAGAUGAGUCAAAACUAUACAGUGAAAACCAAGUUAGUGUUGAAUCUCUUCGAAUUAAGGAGCCUUCUUUGGAGUACGCAAACCUAUAUUGUGGUGAUGAAUUUGAGGAUUCUGAAGAUGACAUUUUUUCGGAAUGGAAAACAACUGUCGUCCUUGUUCUCCUUCUCCACCUCUUCCCUCUUCUCAACCUAAGGAAAGGGGCAAACGCAAUGAAGACAAAAGCCAAUCAGCCAAGUCUAAGCGUAUAAGAAGAAGUAACAAAAAAUAGUCACGACCUUAAAUAAUAAAACAAUUUUUUUUCCAUCACCUUCUCUUAAAACGUUUGUAUUAUAGAUAAAGUUCACAG